AUGACCCGCUUCGAACAGCAAAUAAUCCUCCCCGGAGCAGAAUUUCCUCUGGAGACCGCAGUCGCACUCUUGGAGGACUACAGCAAAAGCAAUUAUUACGUCUACGAACGCGGUGAUAAGUGGUACCUUGGGCUCGGUGCUCAUGCAUCCCUAGUCCUUGAUCCAAAGGGGCAAACCGCGACAGAAAUCGACACUGAGGGCCGGAAAGAGUCGAUGACCAUAACCGACUUGCCCACAGACCAAGUUAGACAGUUCGUCUCCAAAUAUUCCGACCAUGGGAAGAUAUUUGGGCAGGUUGGUUUCAACUAUUCUGCGCGCUGCUCAGGGCAGGCCUAUGCCCCAAGUCAGUGGCCGAUGUUAAGUCUCAUGGUUCCCCGCGUGCAAGUCAUCAUGGACCGUAUUCAGAUUACGGUCACAGGACACGCUGAAAAUGAUGCCUAUGAAGUAAGCGAGCGUAUCAAAGGCAUAGUAAAAUCGAUCUCCAUGGACAAUAUAUAUCUCCCAUCCGAGCCCCAUGACGCGAUUGAUCUCGCAGUGAACGCAGGCGAGUACAAAGCUCGCGUAGCCAAUGCAAUUGCAGAUAUUGCUAAGGGCAGAUAUACCAAGGCUAUUCCGUCUAGGAAAGUUCCUUUGGAUUUCCGGGUCGAUAUGCUAGCGACUCUCCUCCACGGCCGACGAGCGAACACUCCUGCACGCACAUUCUCGCUUAACCAUAUGGGUAUGCACGCGACCGGCUUUAGCCCUGAAGUCCUUCUCUCCAUCGAGGACGGGAAUGUCUAUACUGAAGCACUAGCCGGGACCCAGCUUUCGGAAUCACCCGAGGCUAGCCUUGAUCCAUUCGACAACAAAUUACAUAGCGACGCCAAGGAGGUUAUGGAACAUGUCAUUGCUAUCAAGGGGUCCAUCCGUCGGUUGAGUCAGGUUUGUCUUCCUGAGUCAAUCUCUAUUAAAGAUUUCAUGAGAGUUAUGCCAAGGGGAAGCGUGCAACAUCUCUUUUCCCAUGUACGUGGACGCCUAAGAGCAGAUUGCGACGGCUGGGAUGCUCUACCGGGUCUUAUAGCCAAUAUUACCGUCCCUGGGAUGCCGGGACAGGGGAACCUGGAGGCAAUGCGGUGCUUUGAGCCUGAACCGAGGGAUCUCUAUUGUGGUGCGGUGCUCAUGCUGGAUGAGGGCUCAAAACUCUUCGAUGCAACCCUGGUUCUUCGCACAGUGUUCCAGGAUGCGAAUCGGCAGUGGCUACAAGCCGGGGCAGGAGUCACGAGUUACUCAAAGCCGGAGCGUGAGUUUGCCGAAACAUGCGAGAAGCUGGAAAGUGUGGCCCCGUUUGUGAUGCCCCAACGUGAUUCACUUGGGCUUAAGUCAAUAGCUAGAAGAGCUCAUUUAAGAUCCCAAGGGUGCUAG